AUGAAGAUUGCAAAGGAGAAAAGAAAUAUCAGGUUCGAAUACGAACUGGACAAAAUGAAAAAAAAAAAAAAAGAUAAUAUAUUAAUACUAAAUAUCAUUAAUAGCAAAAUAAAUUAUGUAUGCUACAUUUUAAAAAGUGAUUACAGGGAUAUGAUUAAUGACGUGAGCUACGAAAAUAAGUGCUCACUUGAAACCUGCUUCUACUACUGCAAGGCCUACAUCACCUUCCUACUACUUUAUUAUCCUUACCUACACAAUUAUUUGAAAUGCCUGAGAAGUAACAACCUCAGAAUAUACAAAAAUUUUUAUAAAUACAUUUUAAAUUUGCCUAAUAAUUUUUGUUCUCUAAUAUUUAAAUUGAAGAUUGUUGAAGAACUGAAGAGAAGAGAUGCUCUAAACUCAAGCAAUGAUUAUUACAAUGUUGGAAAUGCUUGCGACAGUGGUGGGGUUAUUUCCCCUGCAAUGGAAUUUUCUCAUGGCUCCUCUGAGCUGCUUCAGCUUACCAGGGCAAACUUCUUCGAUGCAUUCACCAAGGACAGUUAUAUAAAGAAUUUAUUUUCUCGCAUUUAUGUGAAGAAAUAUCACAAGCGAAUUUUUAAGAUCCUAAAGAUUGUCCUUUUUUAUCACUCCUUGCCAGUCUUUUCCGUUUCGCCCAAGUUUUUUCGAACGUAUCAUAGGGGCAGCAGUAGAGGAAGAAUGAGAAGGGGGAACUCCAAACAGGGAGAGGGGGGAAAGAAGCAGGUCAAGGAUAAUAAUGCGCAGGAUGGGGCGGAGUUCUGCACGAAAGUUGAUACCAAUGAGGGGGGAAAUGUGAGGGGGAUGAAAAAUACAUGCAAGCUUUGCCCCACUGAGAAGGAGCAGUAUGAGAAGGAGAGAAAGAAGGACCUCCAUAACAGACUGCCGCUCAGAAGGAGGUACUUUAAGACGCCCCUUUUUAAACAUGUGGAGGUACCCACCAUCUACUUGGACGACUACGACAGCAGCACGAAAGUGUUGGUUAAAAAAAAACUUGUAAAAGUCAGGAAGAAGAAAAAAAAAGGAGGAACAAAUGUAGAAGAUGCGAUUCUGUCAGAUGACAGUGGAAGUGUAAGCAGUGAAAAGAGUUUAAGUUGUCUGAGCGACUCGGAAGAGGAAAGAGAAGUGAACGCCUUCUUGAGAGAAGGAGUGAAUGCCCUUCAUGACGAGAGCGAUGGGAUAGCUGCAACGCAUAGUAACGUUGAUGCGUCUGCGUUGGAGGGGGGCCACAUCAAGAAGAUCUGUACAAAUCAGGACAGCCACCAUGUUGUCGAAUCUGCUCAAAAUGAGCACCCAUCAGGUGCACCGAUGGAAGAAAGGAACAGCACUAUCCAGGCCUCUUCCCCGAGAAAGCGUCAUCCCCCCCAGGGACCAUGCAUGAAAGAGAAUUUCCUACAAUUUGUGAAACAAGAACAGAGGAAAAAUAAAUCACAAAAGGAGAUGGAAUAUACAUAUGGCAAUUUCGUACUGAAUGACAUACAAAAAUAUUUAAGGCAUGAAAUGAAAACAGGACCAAAGAGGGAAAGGGGAAAAAAUUAUUUGCAUGAAGUGUGGAAAUACAUAAUCGACUUUGACGAAACAGAUGAUAAUAACAAUACCCUCAUACAUAAAGCUUGCUUAGUUUCUAAUGCAAAAAUAAUUUUUUUACUUUUACGUUUGAACGUGAAUCUGAUGAUUUACAAUGACAAGUCUGAGUUGCCCGUGCAUUGUACUGUGUACAAUUGUGACAAGUACCUUUUUCUCCUUUUGCUUCAUAAUACGAUCGAGUAUCUUUUUUUCUUUUAUCUAAGUGAAUACCGUGGGGGAGGACGAAGGGAGGGAAAGUCACCAAAAGUGGCGACUUCCAAAAAGACAAUUCCAACGGAGUGCCCCUCAAACACGAGGGACGCCAAAGUGGAGGAUCCAAAGUUGAAGCGAGAAUUGGAGGAGGAGAAUGAGGCGCACACGAAAGGGAUGUACGGUGAAGAGACACAAGAGGAAUGCCCGACGGGGAAGGCAAAUAAACGCCGCGCCAAAUAUAUAAGGAAUGGCUUUUUUUACCACAAAAAAAUUAACAGCAUUUUUGUCACCUCCGUUGUGAAGCUGUACUUAAGCAUAAUGGUCAAAAUUAUCGAAUUGGGGAAUUUUGAAUUUUUAAAAAUUUUAUACAAUUACAAUAAGCAGAUUUUUUGUUACAUUCUGCAUAGGAGGGACAUGUGCUACUUCCUGUGCUCGUUCGCUUCGAUGUACAAUUGUAUGAAUGUGUUUGUGAGGCAGUGUGAUGAGAUUGUGCGGUGUGAGGCGCGUGUGGGCGUGAGUAGAAAGAGGAAGAACAAUGAGGCAGCGCUAGGGGGAGAGCAUGUCUUUACGGUGCGGAAACAUAGACUUGGCGAGGGGGCUACGCAGGUGGAAGGUGCGCGCGUGGAAAAUGUGGACAAUGUGGAAGGAGAGCGCCAUGUGGACAGUGCGCGGACCGCUGUCGCUGAAAAAAGAAGAGCCAGGUGUUGUCCUGUGAAGAAAAGAAUUGACCGACAAAACAGAAUAGAAAUAUUUUACUCCAAUCAAUGCUCCAAGCACAUCUUCGUGCCAGAGCCAACCGACCACCCCUACGUGAGAAACAAAAUUAUGACCAACAUUCCAGAAAACUCCAGCAGGUUAGAUGUUCUAAUAUCAAAUAAGCAUGGCAUUUUGCGCCUGAAUACUUUUGUUAAUUUUAAGCUGAAAAGGGUAGAAAGGAAAGCAACGGCUAAUGACAUUUUAAGGGUUCAUGAUAUUUCAUACCUGAAAAUGUUACUAAGAAGGAUAAAGAGGUGCAACUCAAAUGAAUACGAGGAUAUGAGUGCGUACGAUGAUAAUUUUUUGAACAACACGAAGAAGAACAAGAAGAAUUACCUCGCCUUGUCAUUGGAUGAUUUGAGUGGAAAUGCAACCUUUGCUGUGUCGGACCAUUUGGAAAUGUUAAAGAGUAGCGAAAUUAUUAGUGCCGUUUGCGAAGAAGGGGCAAGUGAAUGUGUGGAAGGGUCAAACCAGGUUGGCAGCGAGAGCUUUAAUGUGGGUGCUCAGUGUGAGAACAAUAUGAAAGGGGGCGAGGGGGGAGUAGAAAUGCCAAAUCAAAGUCUCAGCACAGAUAUGAAGGGAAAUUCAGGAGGUGUUAUGCAAAGUAAGAAGUGGAACAGUACAAAUACUGGAAAGGAAAAAGUGGACAAAUUAAUCUUGUUGGACAAUGACACCUUUGUCAAUAAACACUCUUUUAACUGCGCAUUGAAUGCCAGUGGAGUUGUUUUAAAAGCAGUAGAUUAUAUAUAUAAAAAAAAAAAAAAAAAAAAAAAAAUUUUUUGUGUUGUUAGACCCCCUGGUCAUCACCUAGGAACUUACGGUGCUGCGCAAUUUAACCUAACCGAUGAAGAUAGGGCAGCAGGGAGUCAAGGUUUUUGUUUGUUGAAUAAUAUAGCUAUCGGGAUGUCUUACGCAAGGUAUAAAUAUGAAAAAUUUGAACGCAUCGCUGUGAUCGAUUUUGACAUACACCAUGGAAAUGGAACAGAACAAAUUGUGCGAAAUUUGGGAUUAAAAAAAAUUAAAAUUAAUGAGUACGUUGAUAUAUAUAGUUGGAAAGGGUGGAAGGAUAAAAAUGAUAAGAAGAAUAUUUUUUUCAGUUCGAUUCACGCAUUUGAUGGGUACUUUUACCCUGGAACAGGAAACGACACAGUGGAGUUAGAGCCCUAUAUCAUUAAUGUAACUUUGAAGAAAAAUAUGAAUGAACAGAAUUUUCUGGAAUUAUUUCACAAUAAUAUAUUAAUUCAUUUGUUUCAUUUCCGACCAAACCUUCUUUUCCUAUCUGCUGGUUUUGAUGGACACAAACUCGAUUUUGUUAAUAACGGUUUUGUGAAGAAAAAUACAUCGACCUACUUUCACAUGACAAACUUAAUUUUGUCUCUUCAGAAUAAACUGCGCGUUCCUAUCAUCAGUGUGUUGGAGGGUGGCUACAACACGUCCAAUGACAUGGCCUCCGUUUUCAGUUUGUCCGUUUUAGAGCACCUGCUCUCGUUCUACUACAACGACGCGGUGUUUAUGGCGGGCAACACGAAGCGUGCCGCAGUGACCACACGCUGCGCCAAACGAGGCAUUCUGAAAUUCCCACACAUUUGCCUGGGCAAGAGAAAAAUGGAUGACAUGUUUAAACAAUAUUUUAUGUGUUUUAAAGAAAAGACAAAAGAAACUGAAAAUUUAAACUUAACCACCUGUGUGAGAAAUUAUGAAAAUUAUUUGAAGCAUUUUGAAGGGAAACAAAAUCGAGUGAAAAUGAAGGUCAACUCUUUUCUCGCCAAACAUAUGAGGUACUUUGAUGGUGUGCUUUACCAACGGCGGUCUCUUCAUUUUUGCAACCUCGGACAGAUUUCCCUCCCAUUUGAGGCCUACUUUUACCAAGUUAUGCAUCACUUUAAGAUUUUCCUUGAAGAAAGUGAAGUCGUCAAAAUGGACUCGAAGGAGUUUUUCUCCGUGCUGAACAGCCCAUCCGACUUGCGCGAUUUGGACCAGGCCUAUGUGCAGCGGUAA